GUUUCAGGAUGACUAUGUUGUUGUCAUUUCUCAGAUCAUUUAACGCGUUUAGUACAUUCUCCGUGUAUAAGGCAUUCGGUCGAAUGAAAAUCAUCGAGUCGAAUUGUAGUUCAACUCUAAUGGUCAAACUGAGCAUUGACAAUUUGGACGUACCUUAGAAAUGAAUUUGUUGUAUAUGUCGUGUUUUUAUGAGUGAUAGUACAGAUGGUGUGGUAGCCAUAAGUAGUCCUGCUACUGGCCUCACUGUCCGUUUAAUCCAAGAUCAUAAGGGAGCACCAAUCACUGAUAUGGACAUUGCUUCACAUAAGAACGAUCAUCCAUCAUUCAAUUCGCCCAGAUUGUGGCUUAUUGCGAGCGCUGAUCGUAGGGUUAGCGUAUGGAAGGCCGAUUGGUCGAAGGAUUUCUGUGAGCUUGUUGAUUGGUUAACUUUUCCCGCUCCAAAUAUAACACCUGAAGGAAUUGCUUUGAAAAAAGACGAUGCGUCUGCGUAUUUGCAUCUACCGCCAAGUUUGGCAAGAUUCUCGCCAACAGAGCCCGAUGUUAUUGUGUACAGUGGUUAUGGUCUGAGAAAACUGAUACAAUUCUACAGCUUGUCCCAGAGAAAGAUCGACUAGUGAAAGUAAUUGAUUAUGAUAAAGGUAGCUUUCAAGAUUUCGAUAUGCAUUGUGACUCUAUUAGCCAUGUGACAUUUUCUCCGACCGGAGAUAAACUGUUUUCCGUUGGUUUUUUCGGAUGUUGCUUUGUGGAAGGUGUUGAUAUAGAGAGACGUCCUUAUUACACAAUCUUGGCAAAACAAUAUAAAGUCGAAGGCUGGUGCGCUAUUGUCUAUGACCCGUCAAUUUAAAAACUCGACAUUUUAUCGGCUUAUUGAGAGCAAU